CUGCAGUGACACGGAGCCAAUGAGCUGGAGGAGACACGCGUGCACGGCUCGGUUGGAGAGACACCUGUAAUGCGAAACAAGUGACCGGCAGCAGUCUCCACACCUUCGGCCUCCUCCAAGUCUUCUUCUCGUCCUCAAACACGAUGAAGCUCGCGGUUGCUUUGGUCUGCCUGAGCGUGGCCGUGAUGGUUGUCAUGAUUUACCAGGCCGUGCGCCAGGAGAUGAACCUGCGUGAUCUGAAAAGUCGCAUGGUGGAAAACGCGGCGGAGGUCAAGAGGAAAGAGGAGUCCAUCGUGGAGACGAAAGGGAAAAUUCAAACGCUUAAGCAAGAUGUGUUGGCCGUCAACAAGAAGGUAGAUGCGCUGUGGGAGACUAAGAAGACUAAAACAAACUCAGAAGCUGAGUUCAAAAAAAAUCUGGCGUCGUGUAACACGGAAAAGGCAAGUGCUGAGAACAAGAAGACAGAAACAGGAGAGGCCAUUAAAAAACUCCAAGACGAACAAGAAGUGGCUAAAAAGAAGGCGGAAGAGGACAUUAAGAGCUUGAAACAACAGAUUUUGGAUCGAGACAAAGCUAUUUGUGCCUUUGUAGAUACAACCAAGGAGGAAGCACGGAAGUUGUGUGGCAUCACUGAAACUCCAAAAUAAAGUAACCAAAGAAGCGCUCAACAUUGACUGUGAACAUUUAGGAGAAAGUGGACUGCAAUGCAAACAAGACUGACUUUGUAACAGCACUAAUGUGAGGACAGCUCUGGUUUGUUUUUAUGAGAAAGUUACAAAAAAAAUGUUGGUUUAUAAUGGCACAGACAGCGGGCUUGGGAAAAUCUGGUGCCCAAUUUUGUAUCAUUUUGUAAUGUUGGUUAGAUGAAGUUAUGCUUUUUUUUCCUCUGUUAAAUACGGCUUUUUGUGAUUGCAGCAUUUACAAAUAAAUUAACUUUGUCAUGGA